AUGGAGCUGAUCGCAAACCAGGGGGUGACAAGGUCCUUGCCAGUGAUCGGGAUUUGUUUUUGCAGGGUGGAUGAGGAGGACACAGAAAAGGAGCAAGCAUGGCACCCUACCCACCUGCAGCUGACUGUCCUGCGUGCCUCCUCCCUACGCCCAAAGGGAGCCACUGGCACUAGCAGCCCCUAUGUUGUGAUUCAGCUACAAAAGCAAAAAUUCAGGACAUCCGUGGCACUACACAGUCUAAGUCCCGAAUGGCACGAAGAGUGUACAUUACAGCUGCCCAGUGUGCUGGAUGACUCAGAAGAGCAUGGCCUCAUCCUUACCGUCAUGCACCAGUCCUUGCAUCACUUCAACCAGUUCCUGGGCAGAGUCUGCUUGCCUCUUGCUCAACUCUUUCAGGACAAAACAAAGAGAAGAAAUGAGUGGUUUCUACUGCAAUCACGACCUGGCAAGAAGGAGAAAACAAGAGGACAGUUGCAGCUUGACAUUCAGUUCUUACAGAUCUCAUCACAAACCAGUGAGCCAGUGUUAAACUCUCGUGGGCCCUGGGCCUUCUUCAGCAGAUUCUGUGGGAGCAAGAAGGGCAGGCGAUACAAGGUGUACAAGGAAGCUCCAUCUCAGUCAUCCAGCUUGACAAACGAUGAAGAUUCAUCUUCCUCUAGUAUGACCACUGAGUUGGAGGCCUCAUCAAUGAAGUCUGGACCCAAAUGUGGCAGCUCCCUGCACAUGGCAGCAGCAAUAUCUGCUGGGAAAAAAGCUACAUCCAAAACUCAGCUGCAAAAGCUCAUCUCAUGGGACUACAAGGAACUUUUCCCUGAUGCUAUGAACCUGGCAGCCAAUACAGCUUAUACCAGUCAGUCUGAACAUCCAAGUACCUUGGAACAGUUCAGCAGCAUAUUUACCCAACAGCCCAAGAAAAAAUCUAAGCCUCUGAAAGAGGAGAGGAAUCCAGAGGCAGCAGGCAUUUCUAUGGAGGCUUGGCAAGCAUCUCUUCCACCUCUCCAUGUUGCAGGGCCCAGUGACAUCCCACCACGGGCACAGACCCUUCAUAUGUCUACCGUGAGCCUUCAGCAGACCACCAGUACUGCCACACCCAGCUCUGCGACCAGGCACUUCCACAGAUGCCGGAUGCAGCUGCAUAGGAGCUAUCAGUUCUUUCGUAGGUGUUUUGGCCUGGGUUCCUGA